GCGUGUCUGGGUGACAGCCACGUAGCCCCGCUACCGCCACCGGCGCUGCAUUGAGCGCCCUGCCAGCGCCGGCACGGACCCAAGUGCCUGUCGAGAGCGCGAUCCUGACAGUCUUUCCAGCCCUUGCCCUGAAGCUCGGCCCUCCUAUGCAGUUUCUGGACCUUCCCGGGCUUUAGUCGCAGGUCCCAGAGUCGAGCUCCCCGGAAAUAACAACAUCCUGGGCCGUGUUUCACCGCAGAAACACAAGCAAGCAUCCUUCACAGAACCCGAUCGCAUUCCUGCUCGCUGCGUGGAAGACGAUUCAGUGCCCCCGCGGAGGAGUCUGGGAACUGUAGUUCAGCCCACAAAGCCACUCUGCGCCGGCGUACAUCAUCAUCACUUUUGCCUCCCACUCUCCCUCUGGGAAAAGGAGUCCGAAAUCCUAGAGUUGCAGCACCGUGAUUUGUGGGAAUUAGGGUCCCCGGCUCCAGGAGCAAUGCGCACGCGCGAUCCCGCUUCAGGCUGCAGGCUCCAGCUCAUUGUGUCCUGACUGUUAUGUGGCGGCUAUGCUCUGUCGCCGCGGUGGUGGCGCCUCGGAGGGCAGCCCCGCGGUGACCAGCAGUGUCCAGAGUGGAGCCGGAGAGCGACGGAUCAAGCAGUCCCUGGAGGAAAGAUGUCUUCAGACUCCCAACCACACCUUUAGGGAAAACGACAGAGGAUGGUUUGAGAAUUGCCGGCCUGGACAAGCUUUCGGCAAGGGAAAGUCAACGCAGAACGGGAAGGCAUGGAGGAUCUCACCAAAGGAAAGAUGCCAAGAGGAAAUGGCACGGUGUGCAGGCGCUUCUAGCCUGAGGGAACCCCACAGGUGCAAAGCUCCUCACCUGCCUCCUCCGUGCUUGGUGGUCCUCAGAGAGCUCAGCAGAGAAGAAGAAAUGGCUGUCAGCCGCCUCCCAGCCCUGGUCCAGGACUUGGUGACCUUCAAGGAUGUGGCUGUGCUCUUCACCCAGGAGGAGUGGAGACAGCUGAGCUCUGCCCAGAGGGCCCUGUACAGGGAUGUGAUGUCAGAGAACUACAGCAACCUGGUCUCGCUGGGACUCUCGGGAUCCAAACCAGAUGUGUUUUUUCACCUGGAAAAGGCAGACAAAUGCGUGUCAGAGGAUGCUCCAGGAGGCUUUGUUCUUGGAGGGAUUACAAUGACCACGAGUAAGAAAUUUCUCAGGGCAGAUGUUCCUAAAAAAGAUUCGGAUCAGUGGAUAAUGAAGGAGAGAAUCACCAGAGGGACUCACUGGGAAUGUGCUCACCUGUUAGACUGGCAGUACCAGGAAGGUCGGGAGGUCAGGUUGCGGCAAGUGGUCCUCACCCAACAGUGCACUCCAUCAACGCUUAGUGGGCAGAAAGUCGAGGCCUCUGAGAAGGUCUGUACAGGGAGCUCAUUACCCAUUCAAAGUCAGCGAUCUCAAGCAAGCAAAAAAGAUUUGGAAUGCAGUGAGUGUGGAAAAGCCUUCUCUAAGAGUUCCACCCUUAAGAAACAUCAGAAAAUUCAUACUGAAAAACUCAACACAAGUCAGAAAAUGCCUAUUAAAGACAAACGCUAUGAAUGUAGAGAAUGUGGGAAAGCCUUUCACCAGAGUACACACCUAAUCCAUCACCAAAGAAUUCACACUGGUGAGAAACCAUAUGAAUGUAAGGACUGUGGCAAGGCCUUCUCCGUGAGCUCUUCACUUACCUACCACCAGAAAAUCCAUACUGGAGAAAAGCCUUUCGAAUGCAACAUCUGCGGAAAAGCCUUUAUCCGGAACAUACAUCUUUCCCACCAUCACAGAAUACAUACUGGAGAGAAACCGUUCCAGUGUAACAUUUGUGACAAAGCUUUUGUGUGCAGAGCACAUCUUACCAAACACCAGAACAUUCACAGUGGGGAGAAACCCUAUAAAUGUAACGAAUGUGGGAAAGCCUUCAAUCAGAGUACAAGUUUUCUUCAGCACCAGAGAAUACAUACUGGAGAGAAACCCUUUGAAUGCAGUGAAUGUGGAAAAGCCUUCAGGGUGAACUCUUCCCUUACUGAACACCAGAGAAUUCACACUGGGGAGAAACCAUAUCAAUGUAGUGAAUGUGGCAAAGCAUUCAGGGACAAUUCAUCUUUUGCGAGACAUCGGAAAAUCCACACUGGAGAAAAACCUUACAGAUGUGGCUUGUGUGAGAAAGCUUUCAGGGACCAGUCAGCCCUGGCACAGCAUCAGAGAAUUCACACUGGAGAAAAGCCUUACAUGUGUAACAUCUGUGAGAAAGCUUUCAGUGACCAUUCAGCCCUGACCCAACAUAAGAGAAUUCAUACAAGAGAAAAACCAUACAAAUGUAGAAUCUGUGGGAAAGCCUUUAUACGAAGCACACACCUCACUCAGCAUCAGAGGAUUCACACAGGAGAGAAACCUUAUAAAUGUAACAAAUGUGGGAAAGCCUUCAACCAGACUGCAAACCUUAUCCAGCACCAGAGGCAUCAUAUUGGAGACAAAUGAUAUGUAUGAAUGCCGCUCAUAUGGAAGUACUGUGGGACUGAUGUCAUUAAUUAUUGAAUAUAAGAGAAAACCUAAAGAAUCACAAUGGAGUCUUGUAUUAGGAUGGCUGUAUUUGCUAGGAGCCAAGUUCCACGAGGCCGUGGGUUUUGAGACUGUUGAGGAUACCAAACACACCUUUCUCUUAGUACUGCCUCAGUUGUACUGAUGGUAGUACUUUUUUUAAAUUGGCCUGAAUCACCAAGUAUUAGAACCAAAAUGAAACGUCAUUAAAAGUAUAAAUGUCAGUUGAUCAAAUUCACAAUUUGUUAAGAUAAUUAUAAAAUUAUAAAAAUUAAGAGUGAGAAGCAAAUGAACAACAAAGUUUGAAAA